AAAAUGUUGCAUUCCAGUUGAAACAUAUAAGAAAUUAGCAAAUUAUCAAAUGAUUAGAAAAGAAAGUUGGCUUUGCUGAAAAUAUAGAAUUUGCACUAGUACACCGGCGAGGUUUCCUUAUCAGGUUAGGUUUCCUUCGUUUACCAAGGAUUGAAAUCCUGUUUCUUAACUCAUCUACUGCUCAGCUAUUCGUGGAUUUCACAUCAUGGACUUGAAACAGAAUUUUUAAAACCACCUGCUAUGAAGCAAGAUUUAAUCAUCUCUCAAUAUUCAUCGCCCACGGCGAGCGGAUUCUAAUUGACUUGUCAUUUGUAGAUGGCGUUUUCAUGACUAUUUUAAUGUUGUUUGGCUAUGACGCAUUCAUUGGAAGUUUUAGUGCCCUACCUUUGCAAAUAAAUCGAGUUGCAAAUAACUAGAGCAAAUGUCGAGGGAUUAUCAACUUACAUGUCAAGUGACAGGUGAAUAUAUGCUUUUAAAUGUCGUAUUUUAAAACAACAACCACUUGGCCUGGUUUAAAAGAUGGUGCCCAAGAAUCUUGGGUGAAUUAGGUGAGAUCAAUAAAUCAAUUCAAUCUUUGUUCGACAAUUUCAAAAAACAAUCUUGCUUCCAUUGAUGUAGAACAACUAAAGGAUCGUUGUGAUAUACACAAGUCCUUGAAUAAUUAAAUCACGUUAAUGGAGUAAUCAAAAAACUCCAACGCGAGAGGAAAGUUAUCACCAUGGAAACCAAUGAAGUGCCUCUGAAUGAAUCAGGUCGCGACCGUAAUGGCGGAUGGUCACGAUUGGCAUGCUCUUCACCUGUUAAAUCUUAGAUGAGAGAUUAAUUGGCAUCACUUGCGCGUAAACCAAUGCAUGCCAAGCAGCUCGAAGCAGCCUGUGCUUAUUUGCAGUGACAGAAGAAUUUACCAUAGACAUGUUUGUAAAACACAGAGAUAAUCGGAGUGUAAACAUUGUCCUCGUGGGAUAUCAGUAGACAGUGAAAGGUUACCUACAAAUCGGGGAUUUUUGCUCUGUUGUAGUAUUAUUCAAAUAGAUAGUUGUUUAAAGUCAGUAUGUUUUUGUCUGAUGGAAGCAAAGAAAGACGAACAUUCCAAAGACAGGCUGAUUCAACCAGUGAACAGCAAUGAAGAGUCGACCGCAGGGUCGAGUCGAACAAGUGCAAUUCCGUUAGCAAAAAAUUCUAAAAGACAAGGAUCGGUUGCAAAGGGUGACAAAGAAAGUGAACCUUUAAAAAUUCAAGAGACAUCCGAGAAGGAUAAAGAAAGUGCAACAAUAAAACCUGGUGGUUUGCCAAACUCAACACAAUCAGAAUCGAAAAGAACUGGAGGAAAGAACUCGAGCAACUCUUCCGCCAAAAAUGUAUCGCGUACAAGCUCAGCAACUGACCUUGAGAAUGCCAGUUCAAACAGCAUCAAAGUCGUUGUAAGGGUCAGACCAAUUAAUGCAUUGGAGCUUCGUAAGGAGGAGAAAGCAAGCAUCGAAUUUCCAGAAGAUGGGGUCAUUUGGGUUAAUGCGCAAGGGAACACCAAACCUUUCACGUUUAAUGAAGUCUUUCAAGACAAAGCCUCUCAGCCUGAGAUAUUCAAUCAAUGUGGGAUCAAAGGACUCAUCGAGAAAGCAUUAGACGGAUUCUCUUGCACUGCAUUUGCCUUCGGUCAGACCGGAUCUGGAAAGACGUACACAAUCACCGGUCCAUAUAAUCCGGAAGCCAAUGAGGUUCUCCCGUCUGAAGAAUUAUAUGGCCUGAUUCCAAGAUCUUUUGAAUUCCUCCUUUCGCAAGUAAGGCAACGCGAAGAGAAUUCCACUCUGAAAGCUGCCUACUUGGAAGUUUAUAAUGAAAAGGUAAAGGAUCUGCUGAACCCUUCAACUGCCCGGGAAUCUUUGCCGGUACGAUGGUCCUCUACCAAAGGUUUUUACGUUGAGAACUUAUUCAUGAUGGAAUGCGAAACACUUGAAGACUUCAUGGCUGUGUUGGAAGAAGGGCUAGAGAACAGGAAAGUUGGAGGUCAUGCAAUGAAUGACCACUCGAGUAGAAGUCAUACGAUGCUGACUGUCUAUAUUGAUUCAGAGAUCAUUGACCCUGAAGAUGAUCUCUCUGUAAUAAGGCAAGGGAAGAUCAGUUUUGUUGAUCUGGCAGGCAAUGAAAGAGUCAAAGAAACCAAAGCAACUGGCGAGGCUUUGACAGAAUCUCAAAACAUCAACAAGAGCUUAUUAACUUUAGGGAACUGCAUUGCUGCCCUCGGGGACCCGAAGAAACGCGGGGGACAUAUUCCUUACAGAGACAGCAAAUUGACGAAGCUUCUUGCAGAUAGCAUUGGAGGUGAAGGAUACACGUUAAUGAUUGCCUGUGUGUCACCGUCGUCAACAGCCCUACAAGACACAUUAAAUACACUUCGCUACGCCAACAGAGCAAAGAAUAUUAAGAACAAGCCGGUCGUCAAAAUGGACCCUAGAGAGCAACUGAUCAUAAGCAUGAAAAGAGAGAUGAAGCUUCUGAAGGCAGAAAAUGCCUACUUCCGGCAACAGCUUAAUAUACCGUGUUCGGACUCUCAAGUUGUCAUAACACCGGAGCAGAUUCAGGGGGUAAUGAGUGCUGAUGAGAACAGUGGCUCACUGAGUCCUGCCAUUGGCACCAAAACGUACUCUUCGCUUGAAUCUUCAAGCAGGAAUAGCUUGUCAGAAGUGAAGUCUGAAGAGACAGUUCCCAGAGCUACAACUGCAAUGUAUGCCAUGACAGCAAGUAUUGGGCUGUAUGACAUGCUGCAAGAGUACAUCAAUGAAAACGAAACACUGAGGCAACAGAAUUUCGAUUUGUUUAAAAAGAGAAAAGAAGUUGAGAGGGAGUAUGAGCUGCUUUCUAUGAAAAAUGACAGUUUGAGUCAAAAGCUGGGCAAUAUAGAAAGAGCUUUAAGCAGCACAUCUUUGUCCACUCGAUCUGACUCUGAGGACACGUUGACGGACAGCCGACAUGAUCGAAGGCCUUCCUUGCAUGAUUUUCAGAAAGAGGCAGGCUUCAAUCUCACUUUCCCGCCACUUCGAUCUGGCACUUAUCCCAACAUCAUCUCUGCUGACGUGGAUCUGGCUGCUGAGGUUGAAAGAGAACAUCGAAAGAUAAAGGAGGAGCGUGCGCGAAAGCAGAGAGAAAAAGAGAUGCAGGAGAAGAAAAUGGAACAAGAAAGAGACAGCCCUGAGGAGGAGCACAGCCGCACAGCCGCGGAGAUUGCAUUUAAGACAGAAGAAGGAAAAUCAAUAGGGAGUCCUGUCACGAAGAAAAGAGAUACAAACGUAUCUGCUGAGAAGGAGCAGAUGGACAAACAAGAUCAGGCACUGGCAUCAAAUAAAACAGCGAAGUGGAAUUUCAAGCUCAAAGCAGCCGCGAAAAAGAGACCAAACGUUGAACGAGAGAGAGGCCAGAAUAGCUACGCAGCAAAGUUUGCAGUCAGAAAAGGCAUUGGUCCUACAUCCAGUUACCAGCAGUCAUUGCAGAGAGAUUCGAAUGAAAAACAAACUACAUCAAAAGACUAUUUCCUACAAUCCUCGCAAGACUUUUCGCCCUACCAAGCACAGAACAGUGAUUUUGAGCCAAUCAUAAUUGGAGGUAGUCCUAGAUUGCUAAUUAACGAUUCCCAUACUAUGAAUGACCAGCUGCGAAUUGAACUGGAGCAACUUGAGGGCCAGAUCCAGAAAGAGUUUGCAUUUAAGCAAAGUCACAAGCCAGCUUACCACGGAAGGUGAUCAAGGCUCAAAGAAUUAACUAGAGACUUAAAACGAAAACAAACUGUGCCAGCAAAUCUUAUUGGAGACAUAGAAGCAUCGCUGCUAUAAAAUUUUAUAUAGUCAAGAACAAUCUUUAAAAGGUUGCUAUGUUAUUGACGUCACCAAAAUUGGUUUCAAGAACUUGUUGUUAGUAUCCUGUCAGAGAUAGCACCAGGCGUAAAAUCUCCCAAAACACCAAAGACCGCUUUCAUCUAAUUGUUAAAUAUGUUUUUGAUCUUGUAAGCGCUAUUAGACACUUCAUUUUCGCAGAAACUAAUAGCCUUCUGGAAGUUUUCAGAAGAUAUUUUCAUCAAAUUGCAUACUGACUCGAUAGAAGUGUUUUACGAGGCAACUUACUUUGCCAAAUUUUUCAGCAGCAGAGUGCUCUUAUCACCCCAACCAAAUGCUUUUUGAGUCCUAGCAAUUUGAAUAUAUAUAGAUUGAUAUAGAUUGAAGAAAGUAAAACUACAUGGUUUAUCUCUACAAGCCUGUUUC